GCAGUGAAGCCGACAGUUGUUGUGCUGGUCGGACGGACCUCCCUCUUUCUGGCCGCUGGCUCCAGUAGGCUGUCCGCCCGCAGGAACUCAAGCGACGAGGGCGGAGAUAUGUUUCAUUCCAGAGACUAGCCACCGCGCUAACCACCGCUGAAACCCCCUCUGGUCCGGACCUAACUGCGACGACACAGCCUGUUCCGCCGAGGACAAACAGCAGGAUGCCGGUGAAAGGCGGAGGAAGACUGGCCUCUUACCCGAGCAGGAGCGACAACGUCGGAAGCUCAGGGAUGGAGGAGAUGGUCUGGGAGCAGUACACAGUCACUCUGCAGCGGGACUCUAAGAUGGGUUUUGGUAUUGCUGUGUCAGGUGGCCGUGACAACCCCAACAUGGAGAAUGGCGAGACGUCGAUCAUCGUGUCAGAUGUGCUGCAGGGAGGACCAGCUGAUGGAUUACUCUUUGAGAACGAUCGUGUCAUUCAGGUCAACUCCAUCCUCAUGGACAACGUGCCUCACUCCUUUGCUGUGCAGUCGCUGCGUAAAUGUGGCAAAGUGGCCAAAAUAACAGUGAAGAGACCUCGGAAGGUGGUUCACUCCCUGAAGCAGCCCCCCUCCCCGAGUGGAGACAGCUGGGAGUACACUCCCUCCACCCACUAUUACGACGCCGACAAUGACAACGGCUGGUACCGCAACGAAGGCCGGGACCACACCUCUGACAGCAAAGGAUACCUGGACCCUGAGUACAGGGGAGGUCAGGACUACAACCAGAGAGGAAGGAGCCGCAGGAGGAGCCAGGAAAGAACCUCACCCAGCCCGGACAGAUCCAGGAGGGAGGGCAGCCGGGAACGGGCCCUGGACACCAGCGCGGACCGUCAGAGGUACCGCAGCCGAGGACACAGCCCCGGGGACAGCUACCACACGGAAGACAAGUACGAGCGAGGAGAAGGAGGAGGAGGAAAAGGACGGAGGUAUAAGAGCAGGGACCGGCUUAAUGACAACCCUCCAUCCCCUGAACCCUCCAGAGAACUGGAGCCUCUGGAGAAACCUGUCAACGUCCUGCUGGUGAAGAACAGACCCAACGAAGAGUAUGGGCUGCGUCUGGGGAGUCAGAUCUUCAUCAAACAGAUGACCAGCACAGGUCUGGCUUCGAAGGAUGGGAACCUGCAGGAGGGAGACAUCAUUCUCAAGAUCAAUGGGACAGUGACAGAGAACCUCUCUCUGCAUGAUGCUGGGAAGCUGAUAGAGAAGUCCAGAGGAAAGCUGCAGCUGGUGGUCCAGAGAGACUGCCGCCAGAUCCUCGUCCGCAUCCCCCCCCUGGCAGACUCUGACUCUGAUAAUGACGACAUGUCAGAGAUGGAGUCCUACCAUUCCUAUUCUCCCCCAGAGGAGAGGAGGUCCCGCCAGUCUGACCUGUCCUCCCAUUCCUCCAAUGACAGAGACAACCCCAGGGAUGAACCCAUAACGACAGCCAUGAUGUCAGCUAUGGCCUCACCAUUCAGAGUUCCUGAAGACCCCCAUGCCGCAGCUGACACCGCCCUGGUAGAGGAGCCUCCAGUCUCUGUAACCACCACGCCCAAGAUCCUCCUCCGACCGAGUCCAGAGGAUGAAAAGAUCUACGGGCCGAACACAGUGAUGGUGAAUUUCCAGAAGGGGGACAGUGUUGGACUGAGACUGGCAGGAGGAAAUGAUGUCGGCAUCUUCAUCGCUGGUGUUCAAGAGGGGAGUCCUGCUGAGGAGGAGGGCCUGCGCAUCGGAGACCAGAUCUUAAAGGUGAACAACGUUGAUUUUCAGGGUGUAGUGAGAGAAGAAGCAGUGCUCUUCCUGUUGGAGAUUCCUAAAGGGGAACUGGUCACUAUCCUGGCCCAGAGCAAACCUGAUGUUUAUAACGACAUCUUACUAUCGGGGCGUGGAGAUUCCUUCUUCAUCCGGACCCACUUUGAGUAUGAGAAGGAGACUCCUCAGAGCUUGGCCUUCAGUCGGGGGGACAUCUUUAAGGUGGUGGACACCCUGUAUGAUGGCAAGCUUGGCAACUGGCUGGCAAUCCGUGUUGGCAAGGAGAAGCAGCUGCUAGAGAAGGGUAUCAUCCCCAAUAAGAGCAGAGCGGAGCAGAUGUCCAGUGUGCAGAGCUCUCAUAAAGCUGUGGUGGGCGAUCGAGCUGACUUCUGGAGGCUGCGAGGUCAACGCUCAGUGAAGAGGAAGGACCUAAGGAAAAGCAGAGAGAACCUGACCAGUCAGACGCUGGCCACCCGCUUCCCAGCAUAUGAACGAGUGGUGCUGCGAGAGGCUGGUUUCCGGCGUCCUGUGGUUCUGUUCGGCCCCAUCGCUGACGCUGCUAAUGAGAGACUGGCCUCUGAGAUGCCCGACUUGUUUGUUGUUGCCAAAACUGAGCCUAAAGACGCCGGCUCUGAGAAGUCCUCAGGUGUGGUCCGUCUAAACACCAUACGACAAAUCAUUGAGCAGGAUAAGCAUGCGCUGCUGGAUGUGACCCCUAAGGCGGUGGACACCUUGAACUACACCCAGUGGUACCCCAUCGUCAUCUUCUUCAACCCAGACACCAAGCAUGGCAUCAAGGCCAUGAGACAGAGGAUCAUCCCCAGCUCCAACCGCAGUGCCCGCAAGCUGUACGAGCAGGCCGUCAAACUGAGGAAGACCUGCUGCCACUUAUUCACUGCCACCAUCGACUUGAACUCAGCAAACGACGCCUGGUACGGGAGCAUCAAAGACUCCAUCAGAGAGCAGCAGAUGCAGGCUGUGUGGGUCUCUGACGGCAAGCUGGAGGGAGUAGAGACUGAUCUGGACUGCCAGGACGUGGAGCGUCUGUCCUUUCUGUCCGCCAUGUCCGCCGACUACCUCAGCAUGGACAGCCGGCUGACCUCCGACCUGGACGACACCGCUGAUGAGGGCGGGGCCUACACCGACAACGAGCCUGAUGUGGAAACACUACACAUCUCUGCCAUCAGUCGCUCAUCUGAACCUGUCACAGCUGAGGAGAUCUUGCGCAGGUACAGUCCAGACAUCAGGAGUCGUAUGAGGAAAAUCAGCAGCCGGGAAGUCCUCAACAGGUCCAGUCCUCCAGCUGUGUCCUUUCCAGACAACAAGGUGAAACUGUCUCUGAGGGAGGAGCUGGUCUUUGUAUCGGGAUCCAUUAACCCACACCACCAUCCCCGCCAACACCACCCUCCACCCCCAAGUUCCAGCCGAAGUUACGACUCUCCCUCCAGCAGCAGCCCCGCCAGCAGCAACAACGACCCUCCACCAUCCAUCUCCAGUUCAGCUGUCUUUUCCAGCCCCCCGCCCCCGCCCCCUCCCCCGAUUCACCACUUCAACUCCUUCAACAAGCUGCGGUCCCUGGUAGCAUCCCAGCCCCGUGCCGCGCCCACAGAGACUGCAGUUCACCCACCUGUGGUGGCCUGCAGGCAGCAGGACGAGGGAGCAGAUGACAGCCCUGUCGAGGACCCAUCCAUGAAGUCCUUCUUGGGGAAAAUCAAGGCCUUCGAGAAGAUGGAUCACUUCGCCCGAGCCCAUAGGAUGCUGGAACUGCAGGAGGCACAGAACGCCAGGUUGGAAAUUGCUCAGAAACAUCCAGACAUCUACGCUGUUCCUCUGAAGACGGCCAAGCUGGACCACAGUCGCCCUCAGCCUAUCGGCUCCAGCUCCCGUCCUGACCCCAAGACCCCUCCGUCCUCCAAGGAGGGACAUCCCUUCUACCUGACUGAGGAGGUGGCAGAGGAGGAGGCGAUACCAGGAUAUUACACCGCCAACUCUCACCAGUACCAGGACACAGAGCUGUAGGGUCAGAACACGGCAGCAGUGCCUGCCCCAGGCCUCUUGGACGGACAUGUACACAUGCUGCACAUGCAGUCUAUCUAUACAUUCACCAUUCCAUCAUGCCUGCACAAGGCAGCUGCUGACUGAAUUGACUGCUGCUUCUUUUUCUUUGAGGAAGUUAAUCUUAACUAUCCAUAUGGAUAGGAACACGCUGUCUUCACUUUACUUUUACUGUUGUAUUGAAUUGUUUCUCAUGUACCACUUUGAAAUGGUCAAAUGAUCAGGAGCCACUUGUUUUCUUGCCUAUGCAAUUCUUCAGUUUCUGCACAGCAACUGAAACCUAUUGCCACGAGUUCUGCCCUCACAAAAACCUCAAUGCGCUUUAUCACAUCCCUCCCCUUCUUUUUUAAGCAAUUCAGUAUAUAUUAUGACAUACAACGUAUAUACAUAUAUAUAUAUAUAUAUAUAUAUAUACAUUCUAAACCAUAUAUGUAUGUAUGUAUGUGUGUAUGUAUGUAUGUAUGUGUGUGUGUGUGUGUGUGUGUGUGUGUGUGUGUGUGUGUGUGUAUACAUAUGUUUAUAUAUAUGUAUACAGACAGGUGACAAAUGAAAGGAAUCAUCAUACAGUGUCUCAGUCAGAUGUUGUGUCUCCAGAACAGCUUCACUGCUCCACGUCUCUGAACUCUACUGGAGGACGAACCAUUCUUCAUAAACAUAUACUCUCAUGUGGUGGUGAUGAUGAUGAUGAUGAUGAUGAUGAUGGUGGAGAGUGUUUCACACAUUGCUCCUACAUCUCCCAUAGUCCAACUAGACUGAGAUCAAGAGACUGUGAAGGUCAUAGACUAUGAUUUACAUCAUCCUCAUCAGACAUGAGUGACCCUUGUGACCCCCUCCCAUCAGGAUAAAUGUGAUCAGUGAGAACAACUCUGUAUUGAUCUGCAGUGACCCUUCCCUCUAAGUGGACAAGAGGACCAAGACCAGCAAAAUGACCCCACAGCCUAACAGAACCAGUUGACCCCUGUAGGGGUCCAGCGUUCAGACCUGUACCGUUCUCUUGGUGUAGACCUUGCAUUCUUGUGGAGAAUAUGUUGAAGGAUGACUUAUCUGACCACAUCACUUUGUUUCACAUCUCUGUAAAGGAGAAUGAACUGGGCCUGAUCAGCACUUUUAUACAGGCCCCAGAGCAUGAUGGGAUGUUAGCUGCUUCAUUGUACCAUGCAGUGCAGCUGUGUGGACACAUGUGGAUUGACUAUGUUUCAUGUAUUCAGGUUUUUCCUUUAAUUUGUCACCUGUCACUGUACAUAUAUAUUAUAUAUAUAUAUAUAUGUGUGUGCGUGUGUGUGUUUGUGCGUGUGUGUGUGUGUGUGUGUGUUUGUGUGUGUGCGCGUGUGUAUAUUUGUGUGUGUAUAGUCAAGUGUUUAUACUCUGUCUUUGCAUUCCUUCCUAUAUGCCAAUGCCUGUGUAAACAGUAUAUAUCUCUAUAUAUUCUCUCUAGUUACACUGGAAUUUGUUACAGUUUUUUGAAGUGCCUUUUACUUUCUUAGUCCCAUGAGGUUUGGGUUGUCUUUCGUCCGCCCCUCAGCCACCCAGCUGGACUAAAACCUCUGCUGCUGUCAAAGGUAAACCAGGGAACCAGAGACACCAAAACCUUAAUGCUGUCCUCACACGCUGUACUGUCUGCUUUACCUCCAACAGACCCACUACAACACAGUACACACUCCUCUGCCAGUCCUGUCUGCAUUCGUGAAGAGCAAACUGUCCAGUUCAGUCCAGAACAAAGUCUGAGACCAGUCUAAAGUGUUGAACUGAGAUCAUUACAGUUUCAUCUGUACAGGCCCAGUCACUCCAGCAUUAAACCACAUUUAUGGUAAAUCAGUUAAUUGUAGUGGAGUUAUUUAGCUCAGUGGACAAGCUCAUGAAGUAAAUCUGCACAAGACUUUGGUGUCAGGUUCAGUUCUGGUGCCGUUCUGGUACCACUGAACUGUCCUGACGGUUGAUCCUUUAAGGAACAAAGAGCCACAGACUCCCAAACAAAGCUUUGAGCUUGUAGCUUGUGGCUAGUGUUGCACUUUUGUUUAACCACUUCACAGAAGAAGCUUGCAGUUUGGACAGUUAUGAGACAAACGUGAACGGUACAAAUGUGUAAAUCUAUUAUCCUGUUAGCAACCAUACUAACUACCUUGCUAAACUGAGCUAGUUAGUAAACUUGCUGGUUGGGAAGCUAGCAAGCUCAGGAGAGCUUUUAUGCCUGACCUGGGCCGCAUGUUUCCGGCCGUGGGGCGGCAGGGUUUUUCCACCAAAGUAGUUGAAUAGUAAUAUGAGAGAACAGAGUUACUGUCACUUUUCAAAAUGAACAGACUACAACACCAGUGGACCAACAACAGCAACCUGUUCAUAUGGUCAUCAUCAACACAACAUACAGCAGUAGCUUAUAUUUACACAGGUAGUGAUCAUUGACUUUUUCAACCAGGUAUGCUUCUAACCUCCCACCCCCCCCUCCACAAACUGACUCCCUUCUUUCCCUCCCACAGUCAGGCUCAUCAAGGGCUCUUGUACGUUCUGUGUUAAUGGACAGCGAAGCGAAAUUGCUGUUCCUUGCAUUUCAUUUGACACACCGUAAACAAGCAAACAUGACGAGUAGUGUGAGGGAUAUUCACUAAAGCGUCCUCCUCUCUACGUCGAUGUAUGACAGGAAGAGAGAAAUUCCUUUCCGUCAAGCUGUUGAACGUGGUCCAGCUCUGCAGACAGGCAGUCAGGUGUUAUCCCGUGAUGCUGGGCUGUGGGUGAUAGGUGUUCCAUCUCAAGAAAUGACUUGUGUUUUGGUUGAAGGCAGACAUGUCCUUUAGGACACCACAAGAUUCAGGUGAAAACCACCUUUUCAGUUCAUUGACGAGUUAUCAAUGACGGGAUAGUAGCAGUGUCAUCUCUCUGGUCUCAGCUGAAUGAGGACACCAGUGUCGGUGGGCAGGGCCUGUGUGAAACAGAUCCUCAGAUGGAGUGAAAUGCACAGUGGACUGACUGUCUCUCAGUGCCUUUACUGGCCAAACUUCUGUCUUCCUAUAAGCGUUUGAUUGAUUGAUCACAUCAUCAAGUGCAGCAUAGAUUGGCCCCAGUCCUGAACACUGUCAAACCCAUGUAGUUUCUGUUGGUUCUGUUGGCUCCUUUUCCUUCAUUACACACACUAUUCUACUCCCUAACUUGAAAUAAGACCGGGCAUCUAUGGUGUCUUUAUGUCAAGCACUCACAUCAUGUGUAUGGAAUGACUGUAGCUUUAAUCCAGGUGCCAAACCCGUCGCAGCUUCAAAACGCACGGUCCAUGGUCACUGAGAAGAGCUCAGUAUGUUGUUCGUACCAUCAGUGGUUGAAUGACCACAUUUGUAGUCUGUACUACAUCUUGGUCCGUUACUGGCCGACUGUCUGAUGUCAGAUAUGGUGCAGAGCACAAGUUCCACUGCAGCUCAGUAGAGGCAAACUGGUCCUACUGCUGUGGGUCACAUGACGUGGGCUCCAGUUCUUUGUUGUCCCAAUCCUCCCAAUCCUCCCAGUCGUCAUUAGAGUGAACAUGGUUCUGUUGCUCUGCUUCUCCAUGAGUCGUUCCAUGUCCUUUGGAGUAUGUGAUCAUUUACGCUGACAAACUUCUGUGUUCCACCCACACUAGGUAGCUUAAGUAUAUUCGCCAAAUUCACCGCCUUACAACCUGACCCCUGACACGUUCUCACACUUGCUAAAAGUCAAUAAAGAUAAUAAUUUUCCAGAGCUAUCAUUAAAAUCAUCAAAACAAUUUAAAGACUGUAUAAGUAUAUAUGUUCUUUUCUUUUAUAUUACUGGUUUUUGGGUCAUUUUCUGUUUUAGCACCAUGGCUAGCCAUGACCAGUUGACAGCAAGACUGAGUCAUUACAUCAGAUCAGACUUCAUGCGUCCAUACGUUAGGUCGCCAGCUACAGUUGUCAACUAGUCCCGUGAGGAGUCAGUUCAAUUCAUUUCAAUUCAGUUCAGUUCAGUUCGAUAUUUGUUGUUACUCAUUGCAUGAGCUGACAUUUGGAAAUCAAUCAAUACAUCUUAAAGGUCGAUAUGAUGUUAACCAGUCAAUUGUUUUUAUUGGUUCAAACACUUAAACACAUGUUUAAUGAAUUUCAGCUGGAUCAGGUGAACUGUGAAUAUUUCUGUUCCCUCACCUGGAGAGAAAAGGGGCGGGGCAUCGUUCUGGAUGGCUCCGGCUCGUGUGUGUGUGUGGUGUCACUACAUCACUAAGCUCAGCCUGUGUUAGGAUGUGCUGCUGCUCCACUGUCUGCUGUGACUGGGCCUCUCUCAGGUUUACUCUGGUCUCAGUGGUCUCUGGUGUGCUGGGUUUAGACUUUUACCUUGAGAUGUUUGUGGGUGAAGUUUCUGCAGGUGUCUGUUCAGCCAUGGUGGCUGUCACUGCCUAUGACCCGGUUAAAUGAAAAGGUUGCGGAUAUUCUUUUUCUUUUCUUCAACAAACCCCAUGUUACAGAUGAACGUCUCCUGAUAUAGAUACAGUAGCAAGAAAAAGUUAGUGAACAUUUUGGUUUUUUGCACUGAUUUGUCAUAAAUGUGAUCUGAUCUAAGUCAAAAAUGUAGACAAAUACUGUGUCCCUAAACUAACGCAAACAAUCAUAAUUUCUUGUGUCUUUAUUGAACACAACCAUUAAACACAGUGCUGGUGGAAGAAUUAAGUGAACCCUCAGAUUUAAUAACUAGUUUAACCUCAUUUGGCUCUAAUAACCUCAAACAAGAGCUUCUGAGUAGCUGCUGAGCAAAUCAGCCCCAAAUCAUGAUGCUCCCUCCACCCUGCUUCACCUUUGGGAUGAUGAUAUUGGGAUGUUAGUAUGCAGUGCCUUUCUCCACCACACAUAGUGCUGCAUGUUUUUCCCUAACAAGUCAACCAGAGUUUCAUCAGUUCAUUAAACAUUUUCCCAGCAGCACUGUGGAGUGUAAAGGUGCUCUUCAUAAAUCUCAAGGGAGCAACAAUGUUUUUUUGGAGAGAAACAGUUUCCUCUGUGGUGUCCGUGGCAUGACACCAUGCACCAUGGAACCAUGCUCCAUGAUCUCUGCAUGGUGGACUCAUGAGCAGAGAUGUUAACCAGUUCCAGUGAUUCCUUCAAGCCUUUACUCUGAGCUUCUUUCUUUACAUUACUGAGCGUCUGAGUUGUGCCUUCAGAGUCAGAGACGUCCACUUAAAGGGAGAGUAGCCACAGAACUAAAUCAUCUCCACUUAUAGACGGUUUGUCUGUGGACUGAUUGAGAUUUCUGAUCUCUUCUUUUUGUGAGGCAUGGUUCACAUCAGCUGAUGUUUCUUCUUAAACAGCAAACUCAAAAUGUUUGAGUGUUUUUCAGAAGUCAAACUGUCUGUAACCCACACCUCCAAUCUCGUUUCAUUGACUGGACUCCAGGUUUGAUAACUCCUGACUCCAGUUAGCUUUGGUUGAUGCCAUUAGUUGAGGGGUUCACAGACUUUUUCCAGCUUACAAUGUGAUAGUUUGAAUGAUGUUUUCAAUAUGGACAAGAACAAUACAAUGAUCUGUGUGUUAUUAGCUAAAACGGAUUGGGUUUGUUCAUAAUUGUAACUUGGAUGAAGAUCUGACCAUAUUGAAGGACAAGUUUAUACAUAAAUGGAGGUAAUUCCAAAGGGUUCACUUACUUUUUCUUGCCACUGUAAAUAAUUCCUCUGUGCCAUAGAGUUAAAAACACAUCAGCACCACGUGUAUUAAUCCAUCACUGAAAAUAAUCCUCAACAGUUUCACUAUCUCCUCUCCCAGUAAGAUCCACUUCAGUUCACUUUUAUUUGUACGGAUCCAAAUCAUGACAUCAUUACCUCAAGGCACUUUACAGAGUCAGGCUCACAGUGUUACAGAGAGAAACCAUCAGAGUACAUGCUCUGUCAGACUCUGUGCUGUAUUAAGACAUGGGGCACUGUGCCUAGACCUUGACACAAGUAAAGCAGAGACCUGAACCUGAGGACUCUUGUCAGCUGAUUCUGUGGAGUACGUUCCCAAACAAGUUACAGUGAAAUUAGCACAAAGACGCUGACACUUCAGGAGGGCAGUAGCUCCUGUCAGUGGGCUGGUCAUCAAACCUCGUCUUACGGACAUGUGGGCAUGUCCUUCCAAGCAAGUGAGACCCAGCUUGUGUCCGAAAUCACUCACUACUCCACUAUAUAGUGGCUUUGCCAUUUUGAAGGGCUGUCUGAAUGUAUAGUGAAAAUGAUGAUAUUUAUAUAGUGGACUCAUAGUAUCCCACAAUGCACCAAAGGUAGUAGAAAAGUAGUGUACAACGAUGGUAACUAACCAAGCAAUAAAUACCAUCAUGCAUUGCGCUCACGCUGAAAGACAAAGAAUAAUGAAACGAGUCGUGUGCGGAAGUGUUUUUUCAUUCACUGUGUACAACACAUACGACUCCCUGGACAGUGAGCAGGGAGGAGUGAAUGAGGGUGAGAGUGAUUUCAGACACAACCACAGCUUCUUGUAUUAUUCCAAACAAAGCAGAGACUUUCUGUUUGUCAGUAGACUUUUCCCUUCACAGAGCUGACACCUAUCAUCCAGAUGUGGAGCAGGAUGAGAAUCUGCCAGAUUAUUGUGUUUUUUAUUUCUGUUGUGUGACUGGACACGGAGUUAAGUGUCGUAACCUGAAGGUCAUAGAUUAAACUGUUGAAAAGCAAAGAAGUGCGCGUCAACAAUCAUCUCCAUCCCCUGUGGUCAUAGUCAGCAAUAAUCAAUCUCAGUUCCUUUCUUUACUUCCACACGAGUUACCAAGUGCUAACUGUCUGAAUGCUAACAGGUGUGAUGGAGAACACUGUGCUGAGAAAGAGGAAAGUGACUGGACUGUGUCUGCUGAGUUUUUUCCAUGUAUUUACCUUAAAACACCAAAUAAAACAAAAAGUCUUAACCACA